CGCAGCCCCCCUCCCCACGCAGCGUUGAGAACCACAGAUCAGCGACUGGCUGUACUACCUACAUUGUGUGCAGGUCGCUGCGUUACUAUAAUAGCUAAUUCUUGCUGUUAGGUCGCGUGACGGACGAGAUUCGAAACCUCGGGUGGAGAUGGUCAACAACUUCAAGGGGCCUGAGACAGCUGCCGUCAUGGAUGUGGACCAGUUCGAACAGCCGCUGCUGCUUCCGCUGCUUCCCGACCUGCCGCUACUGCAGGUCUUCGCCUACCUCAGCCCCCAGGACCUGUUCGCCGUCGGUCGCACCUGCCUGCGCCUGGCCGCGCUUACAAGAGGGGCGUGGCGGAGCACGACGGCCGAGGUUAGGCUCAAUACCUACGCAGAACUGGGCGAUUUGUUCAGAGUGGCCCCUCCAGUAGAAUUGUUAGAAUUAGAUGUAUGCGUAUCGAGUGAGCGUCCAGCACACUCUCUCUACGGCCGGUUUACCAUAGACCGCAACACUGGAAUCGGUAGCAACGAGGAAACGAAGCUGAUCCUGUGUGUAGAAAGCUCAGAUAUGCCCAAGGUCGCGAGCCUCCUCCUGGAGCUGGCCCCGACCGUGAGGCGCCUCGAUGUCUGCGCGGAGCUGGACGAGAUAUUCCGAAUCCUGCGGCAACUACCGUGGAGCGCCUUAGAACACCUUGAUGUAUCAGGGAAGUAUGUUGAUGGAGACGAACUGGUCGCUCUUGGCGCCCCGCUGUGGCCGCAGGAUGUGGUGCUGCCCAUGCUGCGGAUCCUGGGUGUUGAAAGACAUAACGAGUACUUUCACUCGACCUGCUCUCCCGAGUACUUGGACGCCCUCCGCUCGCUCCUGCGAGCGCACAGUGGGCAAUUACGUUCCGUAAUGCUGCGAUUGGAAGCACUUCUACCGCUCGUCGACGCGUGCCCCAGAGACCUCCACCACUUGCGCGUGGACUUACUUGAAGGGAAGGGCGACGUCGCGGUGCUGCGACGGUUGAGUGGGCUGAAGGAGCUUAGCAUCACCAUGCUCAGCGGUUAUGCAGUUGAAGAGGUCGAUGAUAAGGUGGAGAACUUGUUGAGAACGUGGUCCGGCCCCCUCGAGCGUCUCGAGCUGUCUUCUAGGUGUAGUUUCCGCACUGAGACGGCACGUGCCCUGGGAGAGAGCGGGCUCAAGAACAGUCUCCAGUGCCUAGUUCUGGAUGACCCCGACUCCCUCUUUAUUAAUAGUGAGUCGGAGCUUAAGGUGGCGCUCGGAGCUCAUCCCCACUUGCGGACCUUGGUCCUGCUGCCGUCUCUUAGUAAUGAGCAGGGGCGGCCCUCCGAGAAGCGGGUUGUGCAUGAACUGGUGCGCCGCUCCCCCCAAGCGCUGCACGUGGCGUGCGUGCGUGGGCCACGCGUGUGUCAGCGACCCGUGCGUGGGCGACUCACCAUGAUGGUGUACUUCAGGCACUCCGAGUCAGAGCGUGGCGGGUGCCCGAGGUGCGCCGAGGCUGUUGCAUCCGCGCGCCGCUACAUAGCGGACAGCAGUAACUGGGACGUAAACUACUAUGACAGCGUGUGUAUGCUACCGACCUUGGCCGUACAAUUUCUUCAAGUUCAAACGUAACCACCUUGAUGACAUUGAUUCCUUCGAUUUGAAACCCGACGGCACAGCAUAAGGGGUGCAAAGUGCGACUAGAACAGUAGUAAUAAAAUCAAUUAUUUUGUGAAUUUGGAACGCAUUCUUUUUUUUUAUUUUACUCGAAUGUACACAUGUUUACGAGUACGAGGUACGCGAGGUAGUAAGAAACUUGUGCUUUCAACGUGAGCGCCCAGCUGUGCUGUACUGUGCUGUACAGGGUGGGGUGAUCCGCGCCGUCUUUAUA